AUGGAGGGUGACAGACAGAGACUCACUCUGAAGAGAGAAGUUGGGAUAAUAGGAGCUGUGUCAUUCAUUGCUGGAUCCAUGAUAGGAUCUGGGAUCUUCAUAUCACCCCAGUAUCUACUGUCCACUAUUGGAAGCCCGGGGGCUAGUCUAAUUAUAUGGGCUUGUGGUGGGGUGAUAGCCAUGCUAGGGGGACUCUGCUAUGCUGAACUUGGUACACUCAUCCCAGAGUCUGGAGGAGAUUAUAUCUACAUUCUAAAGACAGCAGGGAAAGUGGUGGCCUUCUUGUUUCUCUUCAGCUUUAUUAUUGUCAUGAGGCCUGCCUCUGCCACAGGAAUUGCACUAAGCUUUGCUGAAUAUGUUGUGGCCCCUUUUUAUGGUGGCUGCACCCCUCCACAACUGGUGGUGAAAUGUGUGGCUGCAGCAGGGAUCAUGGUGCUGGCUGUAGUUAACUGUCUGAGUAUCCGCUUGGCCACAGCCAUCCAGGUGGUUUCCACAGUAGUCAAAGUGCUGGCACUGGCAAUGAUCACACUGGGAGGCAUUGUGAUGCUUUUCCAGGGCAACACUCAGAACUUUGACAACUCCUUUGAGGGGACAAAUGUUGGUGUCAACUCCAUUGGAAUUGCUUUCUAUCAAUCGUUGUGGUCUUAUGAUGGUUGGAACACUCUAAAUUACUUAACUGAAGAGGUGAAACAUCCUGAAGUCAAUCUUCCACGAGCAAUAGUGAUCGCCAUUUCCCUGGUGACUGGCUUAUAUCUGCUGGUGAAUGUGAGCUACCUGACAGUAAUGACGCCUAAAGAGCUCAUGUCAUCCAGUGCAGUAGCAGUAACCUGGGGGAAUAAGGUCUUAGGAGGCUGGGGAUGGAUCAUGUCUGUUGCUGCAGCAUUAUCGGCUUUUGGUUCACUCAACGGGACAUUUUUCAGCGGUGGCCGUGUGUGUUUUGUUGCUGCCAGAGAAGGACACAUGCCAGAUAUCCUGGCCAUGGCUCACAUCCACAGGCUGACUCCAUCUCCAGCACUGAUCUUCACCACGGCUGUCUCUCUGGUGGUGUUAAUUCCUGGAGACUUCCAGAGUAUUGUCAACUUCUUCAGUUUCACUGCCUGGUUUUUUUAUGCCAUCACCCUGUCUGGACUCCUCUACCUCAAGAUCAGGAAGCCACAGCUCCCAAGGCCAUACAGCGUUCCCAUUAUAAUCCCCAUCCUGGUCCUCAUUGCAGCAGUAUUCCUUGUCCUGGCACCCAUCAUAGACAAUCCUCAGAUUGAGUACCUCUAUGUGACUUUAUUUAUCUUCAGUGGAGUCAUAAUCUACAUUCCCUUUAUCCAUUACAAGCUCUGGCCAGGCCUGUUGACCAAGUUGACAGUGUUCCUGCAGCUGUUCCUAGAAGUCGCCCCUGCAGAGAAAAACCUGUGAAUUCCUGGUUUUAUGCUUCUG